CCUCUAUGAAUAAUAAAUGAGCGCAGUACCACGUGGUGCGGUGUGUGUAUGUGUGUGUGUUGGAGGGGGACUGCAGAUUCUUUUGUUCCAAAUCAAUCAAAAACGAGGAAGACGGACAAGCGCGUGAGCAGCCACAUCAGGAACUAUUGGAAGUAAAAGAUGCCUCGCAAGAAGACGACCGAUGUCUCUGGGAAUGGUGCCACUAAGAAGAAGCGAGCAGGAGCCAAAAGAAAAGAGAGGGACUUCAGCAGUGAUGACGAAUUUGACUAUGAGCAGGAGAACAACAAGAAACCCGGAAGACAAACAACCAAGUCUGGCCUUCAGCCCGUUACUGUAGCAGAUGACGUCAAGGAAAAGAUUAAACUGGAGUACCCCAAGGUUAAAGGUCAGCUGGUUAUCUUUGGAGCAACUAACUGGGAUUUAAUUGGUAGAAAGGAGGUGCCCAAGCAAUCAGCUGCGUUCCGCAACCUGGGUCAGAACCUGUGGGGUCCGCAUCGCUACGGCUGCCUGAACGACGUCCAGGUCAGCUCUGUGAUCUCUGGUCCCUGUGCCGCCCACAGUCUCCUCAUCACCACGGAGGGAAAGCUAUGGAGUUGGGGUCGGAAUGAGAAGGGCCAGCUGGGCCACGGGGACAACAAGCGUCUGGAGGCGCCCAAGCUCAUCGAAACACUGGCCGACAAAACCAUCGUGUCUGCAGCCUGCGGACGCAACCACACCCUGGCACUCACAGAGGAAGGAACUGCAUACUCAUUUGGAGAGAACAAGUUGGGCCAGCUUGGCCAGGGCAACCAGACAGACGCCGUUCUCAGCCCAGCUGCGAUAUCCUACAACGGCCAGCCGCUGGUCAAGGUGGCCUGUGGCGCGGAGUUCAGUAUGGUGGUGGACUGCAAAGGCAACCUCUACUCAUUCGGCUGCCCCGAAUAUGGACAGCUAGGACACAACUCUGACGGAAAGUUCAUUGCCCGCGCGCAGCGCAUCGAGUUUGACUGUGAGCUCAUCGCCCGCCGCGUGGCCAUCUUCAUCGAGAAGUCCAAGGACGGCCAGGUGGUGCCGGUGCCCAACGUGGUGGUGCGGGACGUGGCCUGUGGGGGGAACCACACGUUGAUUCUAGACUCCCAGAAGCGCGUGUUCAGCUGGGGAUGGGGGGGCUACGGCCGCCUGGGCCACACGGAGCAGAAGGACGAGAUGGUCCCGCGGCUGGUGAAGCUCUUUGACUUCCCCGGCCGCGGCGCCGCCCAGAUCUUCACUGGCUACCAGUGCUCCUUUGCUCUGAGUGAGAUGGGUGGUCUGUUUUUCUGGGGGGUAACCAAUACUUCCAGAGAGUCUACCAUGUACCCCAAAUCUGUCCAGGAUUUGUGUGGGUGGAAGGUCCGAGGACUGGCAUGCGGAAAGAGCAGCAUCCUUGUUGCGGCAGACGAGAGCACGAUCAGCUGGGGUCCCUCACCUACCUUUGGUGAACUGGGAUAUGGAGACAACAAACCAAAGUCUUCUACAACAGCCCAGGAGGUCAAGACCUUGGAUGGAAUCUAUCCAGAGCAGGUUAUGAUGGGCUACGCUCACUCCUUGAUCAUCGCAAGGGCUGAGAGCACGCAGGACAAGGAGAAACUCGCAAAGUUACCCGAGUACAACCCGCGGACACUUUAAAAACGGCUCCCAACACGAUCCUCUCACUCACACGCGAAAAAAGGCCAUCUGUUGCACAGCAGGAGACAUCUGCCCUCACGUCCCUGUCAUGUCAUUAGUGUACUACCGGGGUCCCGAUCAGGCUGGAGGGAGGGGGGGGGGGGGGUCUUGCGUGUCGGGUAACGCACACAAUCGUUCCUGUGGGAACAGCGUAGAUACGGCGCAAGACCCCUCGGGCGACGGUCAAGGUUACCCAGACAUGUCUUUAUCUCACCACUCUGCACCUAAUGCUAAUGAGUUGUGCUUCCUCGGCCGACAGGUUAUAUCCAUCCACAGAACCAUUUCCCCGUUUUUAUUUUUGAAGAAUCAUUUGAUCUCGUUCUUUCUCCGUCGGUGCUACAUGACUCCAUUCCUGUGCCUUUGUGAUUUAUUUUAGAAAGAUGUUUUCCAGGAGUGACCAAUUGUUUUUGUUGUCCCAAAGACGUUUUUGUUUUCAGUGGUAUCGCCAGGUCGUAGUGUGAGGCUGCCAGGGAAUGAUCCAAAACACGUACGAGUCAUGGGUGCUUUGGGUUGGUGCUGAACUGUUACAUUCCCCCCCCACCCCUUUUUAAAGAUGCGUGCAUCAUAACGCAUCUUUGUCCUCACGUUUUAUUCGCCGUGUUCUGAGCGAUGUCGUCAAAGUUGUCUUUUUCGGGGUUUCUUUUUUUUAUACGUCUAUUUUAGCCGUGUAUUUUUGGUUGUUGUAAUGAUAAUAAAUUUGUCAAUUCAUGAUC